UAUUUCCUCCCUAUUGAUAGACCAACGCACGCGCUUCAACCGGAUCUCACCCCAUUCAACAACUCUUGACUAUCCGUUUGAAUUUUUUUUUUUUGAUUUUAGAUUCGAAAUCGAAGAAGCCAUGGCGAACAUCGCGGGACAGCUGAAACGUGGAAUCUCGAGGCAACUCUCAUCUGUAUCGCUUCGCCGGACGUUCAGCCGCCAGUUCACGCGCCAGGCGUCGCACGAUCCUCGCCGUAUCAAUAUGCGGUUCAGCUUCGGCAGGCAAUCUUCUCUCGAUCCGAUUCGACGGAGUCCGGAAGGUUCGGGCCAUCCGCAGCUCGCCGUCCCCGAUAACCUCGACGCCACUAUGCAGCUCCUCUUCGUGGCUUGUAGAGGAGAUGUUGAAGGCGUUCAGGAUCUGCUUGACGAAGGGAUCGAUGUCAAUAGUAUUGAUCUCGAUGGUCGUACCGCGCUUCAUAUAGCUGCCUGUGAAGGUCAUGUCGAUGUUGUGAAGCUCUUGCUUACUAGGAAGGCUAAUAUCGAUGCUCGUGAUCGUUGGGGAAGCACGGCAGCUGCCGAUGCUAAGUACUAUGGUAACAUGGACGUUUACAACAUCUUGAAAGCCCGUGGAGCCAAAGUUCCGAAAACGAAAAAGACACCAAUGGUUGUGGCCAAUCCUCGUCAUGUUCCUGAUUACGAGUUAAAUCCACAAGAACUUCAAGUUCGGAAAGCUGAUGGUAUCUCAAAGGGAAUAUAUCAAGUGGCUAAAUGGAAUGGGACUAAAGUAUCUGUAAAGAUACUUGAUAAGGAUCUCUACAAGGAUCAUGAUACCAUAAACGCCUUUAAACACGAACUUACUUUAUUCGAAAAGGUUCGUCAUCCUAAUGUUGUGCAAUUUGUUGGAGCUGUCACUCAAAAUGUCCCCAUGAUGAUUGUGUCUGAGUAUCAUCCUAAAGGUGACCUUGGGAGCUAUCUUCAAAAGAAAGGGCGCCUUUCUCCAUCCAAAGUUCUAAGAUUUGCCCUCGAUAUAGCCAGGGGAAUGAACUAUCUUCACGAGUGUAAACCAGAACCAGUAAUCCACUGUGAUCUAAAACCCAAAAAUAUUAUGCUCGAUAAUGGAGGACUUUUGAAGGUUGCUGGAUUUGGUUUGAUAAGUUUUGAAAAGUUAUCAUCGGAUAAAUCAAAAGUCCUUAAUCACGGAGCACAUAUAGACCUUUCAAAUUACUGUGUGGCACCUGAGGUUUACCGAGAUGAAAUAUUUGACAGAAGUGCGGAUUCAUACUCUUUUGGUGUCGUAUUAUAUGAGAUGAUUGAAGGAGUACAACCUUUCCAUCCUAAGCCCCCAGAAGAGGCAGUGAAGCUAAUGUGUUUGGAAGGACGAAGACCUUCGUUUAAGGCCAAGACCAAAAGUUGUCCCGAAGAGAUGAGAGAGUUGAUUGAGGAGUGCUGGGAUGUGAAAGCUGUUGUUAGGCCGACAUUUUCUGAGAUUAUAGUUCGACUGGACAGGAUCUUUGUACAAUGCUCAAAACAAGGAUGGUGGAAAGAUACAUUCAAGUUUCCUUGGAAAUAGCACAGAGGACCAGGAGAGGUUUAAGCUCAGAAACAGGAGGAACUCAGCAAUAAAAUCGGUACGGAGAAUACAGAAAACAAAAACGGCAGGUCUCUCCCAUUUGUAAAUGUCUUAUCGUGUAACAAUGUAUAAAGUACUUCAGCGAGCUAUAUAGACUUAUCCCAUGCACAGAACUGAGCAUUUGGGAUACAAUGUAUCAUAUUGAUAUAAUAACUAGCAAGACAGCUCUUUAUUCUU